AUGGCCCAUCCCGCUAGUUUGCACGAAGAGCUUAGAAAGGAUGCCUCACCUUCAGCCUCUGGAGGCAACGAGUACGCAGAUUCCGAGGAGAACUAUAAGCCCAAAACGCUCAAGUUUUGGCUCGUCAUCAUCUCGAUCUAUCUGGCCUUCUUCCUUGUCGCCCUCGACCGCAUGAUCAUUGUCAUCAUCGGUCGCGCAAUCGCUGGUAUUGGUGCAGCUGGACUUCAAUGUGGUGCGGUCAUGAUCAUUGUACCUCUCGUGCCAUUGCGAAGGCGACCCAUCUUCACUUCUUUUCUCGGUCUCGCAUUUGGAGUGUCAUCUGUGUUGGGGCCUUUCGUUGGGGGUACCUUUACGGACAACCCUACCUUGACGUGGAGAUGGUGCUUCUACAUAAAUCUCCCCAUCGGUGCCUUGACGUUCGCAUGCAUAUUCUUCUUUCUGGAUCUUCCUUCCACGCCUAAAGAGAAGCUGUCCAUUCUCGCUCAGCUCAAGCGCCUCGACCCAAUAGGUCUUCUAUUCUUCGUACCAUCCAUGGUAUGCCUUAUCCUCGCUCUUCAGUGGGGAGGUACGACCGAUGCCUGGUCAGCACCGAGGAUCAUCGGCCUGCUCGUCACAUUUGCAAUUACUUUCAUCGCAUUCCUGGUUGUGGAGUUUACGAUGCCGGAUACAGCCAUGGCCCCGCCUCGGGUCAUCUUGAACCGUUCGAUGGGCGGUGCUAUGCUGUUCAUCUUUCUCCUCGCCGGCGGUAUGAUGAACACUGUAUACUACAUCGCCAUUUGGUUCCAGGCAGCCCAGGGCCAGUCUGCCAUGCAGGCCGGUGUACGCACGAUACCGUUGUGCACAUCGCUUAUUGUCUUCGGCAUUGUUACAGCAGUGAUAACUCAGAAGAUCGGAUAUUAUGUCCCUGCUAUGCUCCUUUCGGCCGUUGUCGCAUCAAUCGCCAGUGGCCUCCUUUCUACACUUACGCCGGAUUCGAGCGCUGGUCAAUGGAUUGGUUAUCAGAUCUUCUACGGGUGCGGGCUUGGCUUUGGGGCUCAAACAGCGAACUUGGUGCCGCAGACUAUUCUGCCGCGCUCAGAUGUUUCCCUCGGCAUGGCGAUGAUCUUCUUCCUAAAUCAACAGGGUGGUGCUAUCUUCCUUGCUGUUGGACAAAAUCUUUUCUCGACUCAGCUCGUCAAGCAACUAUCGGGAAACUCCAAACUCGAUACUGAACUCAUCAUCAACACCGGUGCAACAGACCUCCGAAAAGUGGUAGCGGCGAACGAGAUCGAUACGGUGGUAUCGGCGUACAGCUACUCAAUAACUCGGACGUUCCUGCUAGCAGCAGCACUCAGCGCUUGCACCAUCAUUGGAGCGUUGAUGGUGGAAUGGAGGAGCAUCAAAGAACGUGCGGGAAAGCCAGCAAAACAAGCGUCAAAAGAUGUAGAGAAAGAGGCUGCUUGA